CGGGAUUUCUAUUGGUCAACCAUAAUGAGGGCUGGCCUUGUCGGCUCCUCCCCUCCCCCCCAGACAUGUGAUCUCCUCAUGUUCUGUGUAGAAAUGGAGCGGCACGGAGACCUACAGCAGACUUUGACACUAAAUAAUGGGGUCACUAUGCCUCUCCUUGGUCUGGGCACAUUCCGUCUACGUGGGCUUGAAAAUGUUAUUCAAGCUGUAGAUGCCGCAUUGAAAUUUGGCUAUCGAUCAUUUGACACAGCUUCUGUCUACCGCAACGAAGGUGAUCUUGGCCAAGCUUUGCGUCAGCUUCUCCCAAAAUAUAACUUGAGUCGUACUGAUGUCUUCAUUACAACUAAAUUGGCUCCUGUAGAUAUGGGUGAGGGAGCACGUGAAGCAUGCCUGAAGAGCCUGGCUGAACUAGGAUGUGAAUACUUGGAUCUUUUCCUGAUUCAUUGGCCAGGUAAGCAGGGGUGGCGAAGUGAUGAUAUCCGGAAUCAAGAAGCCAGAAAAGAGAGCUGGAAAGCUUUGGAGGACUUGUAUCAGGCUGGCACUAUUAGGGCUCUGGGAGUAUCUAACUAUACAACAUCUCACCUCACAGAUCUGCUUGGAUCAUGUUGCAUACCACCGGCAGUGUUGCAGGUGGAAUUUCAUCCACGACUACCACAACUUGACCUUUUGAACUUUUGUAAAAAACAUGGGAUUCACUUGCAAGCCUACUCCUCUUUAGGAUGUGGUGACCUACUGAAAAAGGACGAAGUGACUAAGGUGGCAAAAAUCCAUGGAUGCUCACCUUCCCAGAUAUUGCUUCUGUGGGCUCUCAGACAAGGUGUUGGGGUUAUACCCAAGGCCUCAGUCCCUGAAAGAAUACAGGAAAAUAUUGGGGUCUGGGGCUUUGAUAUGAGUGAUGAAGAAGCUGAGACACUUAGAGGGGAUGGCACAGAGAAGAGGUACUGCUGGGAUCCUACUGGAGUUAUAUAGAACUCUGUAUAGAACUUUGUUUUAUGAACAUGUAGUAGUUAACUUUACAUCCUUACUCUUUUGCCAAUUAUUAUUAAAAACAUUUCUCAUUUAUUAAAAGCAAAUAAUUCAG